AUGCCUUCCGCCACUGAUAAUUAUCAAGUCGAAAAGGAACAAGUUGUUGUGGUCGUGACAGAACCACAACCACCCGCAGAAAUCUACCAUGAAACAUUCGGUUUCUUCAUACCAUUUCUGUUGAAAUGCAUCGGCUACAUCGGAUCUGAAUUUCCUUUUAAAACCCACCCUCGAUCCAUGAAUGUCGCCAUUACCAGUCUACUCUUUUAUGGUUUGGCUUCGGCAGCUGAACAUGUCACUUCUGCCACACGUCUUGGUCCUGCUUCAGUUUCUACCAUUGUUGCUCACUCGGGAAGGAUUGGUUCUUUGUGCACUUUGGUAGCAUCUGUCGCAUCUUUGUUCUAUCUUUGA